AUGGAACUACCGCUUAAUCAACAGCCUGCUACGCCGCCGCCGCCGGGCUUCAAGACCAACUUUGUCGAUCCUCCUUCACAACAGCCAGCGAUUAUAGCGAUGUCUGCUGUCUUCAUAUCCCUUAUGCUGCUGGCAGUGUCAGUGCGAGCCUACACGCGGACGCUCAUCUUGAAGUCCUGGGGUUGGGAUGAUACAACGUGCAUUUUUGCAGUCAUCGGAUCACUCGCAAACUUGGGCAGCUUCAUGAAACGACUCGGCCUGCACAUGUGGGAUAUCCCAGUGACGGUAUUCAUGAGCGAUUCCAACGGCCGGUUCCUCGCAGCAGGCAUCACAUACCCCUGGACCGUGGGCUUCACCAAGAUCUCCAUUCUCCUUUUGUACAAGCGUCUCUUUCCCGUCGCGAAAAUGAAAAUCGCCAUCUGGGUCGGCAUCGCCGUAAUCGGUACACUAUAUGGAGCAUUCAUCAUCAUGUCCGCCGUCAACAUCGGGAUAUGCGUGACCGUGGGACCGGACAUCAGCCCGUUCUGCGACUUUGUCCAUACGGGGUCCGUGAUCUGGCAAACUGCUACUAAUGUAGUUACAGACUUUUAUCUGGUGAUUUUGCCUAUCCCGCAGGUUUUGAAGUUGAAGCUGUCCAGGAAGAAGAAGGUCGGGCUUUGUUUGACCUUUGCCAGUGGACUUGGUGCCUGCGCCGCAAGUAUCGCCCGCCUCAUCAUCAGCGUCAAGAACCUAUACGGCGGGUGGGACGUGAUGUGGGUAUCCGGUGAACUGGCUCUAUACUCAAUCGCCGAAGUCAAUAUCGGCAUUAUCGUCGCCUGCGUCUUUACCUUCCCCGUCUUCUUCACUAAACUCCUCGAAUCUAAAGUCUGUGGCAAGCUCAGGUCUUCGCUUGGUCUCUCGGGACAGGGCUCCGGAUCGUCUUCUGUUCUACCAAUUCGGGAGAGACAUACAAUUAGGGCUGUGGGGCCUGGAGUGUCUGGGAAAGGAGAUUUGGAUAAGCGGCAUAUUUUCUAUGAGAGGGAGGUUGAGUGGAGUGUGCAUUCUGGGCAGUCGACGCUGGUGUCGAGGUUGACGGAGAAUGAUCUUAAGAGGGAAGUGGUUUAA